AUGCGAGCCCAGUGGAGGGCGCUCUAGGACAGCGGGCGCUCCAGGACAGCGGGCGCCCUCCAAUGAACGAGAAACAAGAGGCUCCGCGGCCGUAACUGACAGAUACAAGUCAAUCAAUCAAUCAUCCAGCAAUGGAGCUUUUUGAAGAAGAUCUUACAUGCGCAAUCUGCUGCUGUCUGUAUGAAGACCCCCGAGUCCUUCCUUGUUCUCACAGCUUCUGCAAGAAAUGUUUAGAGGGUAUCUUGGAGGGCAAUAGGGGGCCUUUGUGGAGACCACCCUUUAAAUGCCCCACUUGCCGAAAAGAAACCACCCACAACGGUGUGAACAGUUUGCAAGUGAACUACUCCCUUCGCGGGAUAGUGGAGAAGUACAAUAAGAUCAAGAUCAUGCCGAAGAUGUCCCUUUGCAGGGCGCAUCAUGGACAGCCGCUGAACAUAUUCUGUGCGACAGACUGUAAACUUAUUUGUGGGUUUUGCGCAACAACUGGGGAUCACAAAGGGCAUAAAUUUUGUGCUUUACAGGAGGCGUAUGAACAAGAGAGGGUGGCGUUUGAAGAACUUUUCCGGAGUUUUGAAAGUUGGCGCAACACCGAUAUCCUGUCCUGUUUGGACUCUUUGGAAACAAAUAAAAAGAAGUCUCUGCAGGCGGUGUCCAAAGACGCUGACAGGGUGACGGAGUACUUCGACAAGCUAGUCAAAAUCCUGGAGCAAAAGAAAAACGAAAUACUCUCGGAUUUCGAGACGUUAAAACUGAUGGUAAUGCAAGCAUACGACCCAGAGAUGAACAAACUGAGAGCGGUACUGGAGGAGCAAAAGCGCGCACUCAUUAUCGCCGAGUCUUUUAGAGAUGUGCCUGACCCGCUGUACUUUCUCCAGCAGAUGCAGGAAUUUAGGGAAAAGCUAAAGGUCAUACAGGAAACCUCUGUACCCUCUCGGACAUGCAUGGAUGUAGGCCCUCCUUUGAAAACUUUCGACCUGAAGACCUGGGACGCCGUGAGGCUCAAGGAUGUGGACAAAUUGGCUACUCCUCAUGAGAAUAAGGCACGACGUGUCUCAGCUACUGGCUGUUGCAAGGUCCUGUGGGCUCUCGUCAUGGCCGCAUGCCUUUGUGCACUUUUAUUUUUAGCGUCCCCAGACUUGUCCUGCAUGAGUAGCGUGAUUCAUCCGUACUUACCUGCGGCAAAUGAUCUGGCCAGUUACGCGACCCAACGCUGGAGGGAAGCAGCCGGCGUACUUUUGGUUCUCUUUGAAUUGCUGCAAAAACUUGCAUUUGAUUUCUUGGGUAUGACAGUGGAUUUUAUGUAUUAUUAUAAAUUACUUUAGAUUUUUAUGUCCACUGUAUGUUUACAUUUGAAAUGACUAAAAGUAGCGAAUUACAUAUAUCAUUCUUUUAUGAAUAAUGUAUGACAUAGAAUUGUAAGGAAUUUCAUUAGAAUGAAUUGUUUCUCAGUUGUGAUGGGAUUCCUGUGCUGUGUGUUGUAACUUCUAAGUGUUAGUAAUGGCAGAAAAUCCCAAUACAGUAUAGCCCCACUUUCAAUUUGGAAUCGUUAUGUUGAAAGAAGAAACUUAAAGAAUACUCCAAAGUGUAAGAUCUUGUAGUGUAACAGUACUGAGCCCAUGAGAGUGCAUGGUGACAUUGAUGAGGUGCACAAUAUAUUGUGAAUUAGCUGGUCUCUGAAUUUAAACAAACAACUGGUUUUUAAUCUCUUUGUACAGUUCUGGUAUUUCUGUAAAACAGAGAGAUCUGGGUGGCUCAGGAGGAUAGAGAUCAGUGCUGCUUUAUCAAAGGUCUUGAACUCAAGGCUGAGGCUGGCAAUAAAUUCUGUAAAUCAGCCCAGAGGAUGCACUGUUGGGACCCUCUUCUAAUAUGGUGAAUUUGCUUCUACCGGUGGUACUGAAGUUUAUGUGUGUUUUUUUGGUGCAUUUUUAUGCUUUUACGAAUCAGUUACACUUUUCCUGACAUUUUUGUUUUUUUUAAAGGAACAACUAAAUGUAAUGUAACUUUAACUGAAAUGUAGCUGGGAACCGCAGUUUUGUAAGUAGGCAUUUUGCAAUUUGUGUGCAACCUGUGAGCGCAACAUGUUCCAUUAAUUGUGCAAGUUUGCAUAUUGUGCCCAUAUUAACAUGGGUUUUCAUUCUGGAAGCUGCUGCUUAGGUCCGUUGCUGAUGGUAAACUGAGACAGUCACAUGGUUCAGGGGCUCUGUAAUUUGUCCUGUGCUUUCUGUGGUUGACCAAAGAAUACCUAAAGAAGUCCAACAGAUUCCAUACAAUUAAUCAGCUAUAAAGUAAUAGUGAAAAUAAAAUCCUAAUAUUCCAAUAA